GGAACUGGCAAGAAAAAUCACACAAACAAUCUCUCCUUCAUUGCCAUGCCUUCUUCUUCGUUCCGACCUAGUGUAAGUGAUUCUGAAAUUGGCUAUGGCUCAGCUUCUUUGCAGAGUCAUAGGCGCGAAACCAGGAAGCCCCUGGAGGUAGAAAGUGUUCCAAGCCCAAAUAGUAGGGAAGUAGGAGGAGGAGUUAGUGAGGAGGGUGGUGUUUACUUGACAUGGGAGAACCUGUGGGUGACGGUUUCCAAUGGAAAAGGCGGCAGCAGAUCGAUCCUUCAAGAUCUUACGGGCUAUGCCAGGCCCGGCGAGGUCUUGGCCAUCAUGGGUCCUUCUGGUUGUGGCAAGUCCACUCUUCUUGAUGCAUUAGCAGGAAGAUUAGAAGCAAAUCAAAGUGGGAGCAUACUUGUCAAUGGUCGUAAACAGACACUAGCUUACGGAACAUCGGCUUAUGUGACUCAAGAUGACACCUUGCUUACCACUUUAACUGUUGGAGAAGCCGUAUACUACUCUGCUCAGCUCCAAUUGCCAGACUCCAUGUCAAAGCAGGAGAAGAAGGAGAGAGCAGACAUGACUAUAAAAGAAAUGGGCUUACAAGAUUCCAUAAACACAAGGAUAGGGGGGUGGGGUGCUAAGGGAAUUAGUGGUGGGCAAAAGAGGAGAGUCAGCAUUUGUGUAGAGAUCUUAACACACCCCAACCUUCUCUUCCUUGAUGAACCAACAAGCGGGCUUGACAGUGCAGCUUCAUAUUAUGUCAUGAGCAGAAUUGCCGGUCCUGAUUUCCGACAUGGAAGGACCAUCAUUACAUCCAUUCAUCAACCCAGUAGUGAAGUCUUUGCGCUCUUUGACAAUCUUUGUCUUUUGUCUUCGGGUAGAACAGUAUACUUUGGUCCCGCUCGUGCAGCAAAUGAGUUUUUCUCUAGAAAUGGUUUCCCAUGCCCAACUCUCCAAAAUCCAUCAGAUCACUUCCUCAAAACUAUAAACAAGGAUUUUGAAGAGGACAUUGAACAAGGUCUAGGAGGAAAGAAACCCAAAGAAGAAGUAAUCGAUAUCCUCAUAAAGGCAUACAAAUCAUCUGGGAGUUGCCAACAAGUUCAAGCACAGGUUACUGAAAUCUGUAAACAGGAAGGUGAUCAAGCCCUGCAGAAGUCGAGAGACCAUGCCGGUUUCAUUAACCAGUGCCUUAUUCUUACAAAAAGAUCUUAUGUGAACAUGUCUCGCGACCUAGGAUACUAUUGGAUGCGCCUAGGUGUGUACAUCAUGGUGUCUUUUGCUCUGGGCACCAUUUUUUACGAUCUUGGCUUUAGUAACAGCUCAAUUCAGGAUAGAGGUUCAAUGCUCAUGUUUGUAGCAUCAUUCCUGACAUUCAUGAGUAUUGGUGGAUUCCCAUCUUUUGUGGAGGACAUGAAGGUCUUCGGACGGGAGAGACUAAACGGCCAUUAUGGUACAAGCGCAUUUGUUGUUGGAAACACACUCUCUUCUGUACCUUUCUUGCUACUUAUUUCUCUAGUUCCGGGUUCAAUUGCUUAUUACCUUGCUGGACUUCAGAAAGGAUGUGAAUACUUCAUCUACUAUGCUUUGGUGCUUUUUGCUUGUAUGAUGUUGGUCGAAAGCAUUAUGAUGAUUGUCGCGAGUCUCGUCCCCAAUUUCCUCAUGGGCAUAAUAACAGGUGCUGGAAUUCAAGGGCUGCUUAUACUGUCCGGUGGUUUCUUCCGGCUGCCCGAUAAUCUUCCAAACAUAUUGUGGAGAUACCCUUUAUAUUACGUCUCUUUCAAUAGGUAUGCUUACCAAGGAAUGUAUAAGAACGAGUUCACAGGACUAACAUUUCCUGGGGAUCAAAGUGGAGGGCCAGCCACCAUUUCUGGUGAAGAAAUUUUGAGAAAGAGAUGGCAAGUGGAAAUGGGUUAUUCUAAGUGGGUUGAUCUUGCCAUCCUAGUAGGAAUGAUUGCUUUGUAUCGGCUUCUGUUCUUGAUUAUCAUCAAGACAACCGAAAAGGUGAUGCCCCUUAUCAAGGCUUUCAUGUCAAGGCCUCCCAAACACACGAAUCAGGUAAUGUCGAAUUCCACACCUACACCUCCCUUCCGCUUCACCUUUAUAUGCAACAAGGAUGUGCCUUGGUAAUUACACUGACUGCAUUAUAAGGCAGUGGUUAAUGUGCUUGUAUUAGUGAUCUUUGUGGAAUAUGAAUAACUAUACUCUGUGGGUUUCAUGCUUCAAA